CUCUCUUACUGCUAGGUUUUUCUAGGGCUUACUUAAAUACUAUAUAAGUAAUUUAACAGAUCUCUCUUUCCUCGUUCGAUCCGCAAUCAUGAAUUCAUCUUUCAUAAAGACUAAUCUCAUCAAGGAGAUAUUGUCUUCAAACUCAGUCGCGAGGUUUCGUUGUGUGUCGAAGCGAUGGGCGUCAUCAAUGACCAGGUCCUCCGCUAAGCCGCGCCUCUUAUUCGCCAUCGCAGAAAACGGCGACGAUAGCGCAGAAACUUGUGGUGUGUGGAGCUUCUUCUCAUCGCCUCAGUUUGAGAAUCCAUAUGAGAAAUCGUCGUCGACUCUUGUAGCAGCUGCUGAAUUUCAUGUGAAGUUCUCUCCAGAAAAUUUGAGGAUCAAUUAUUAUGGUGACAUAAAAUAUUUUUCAAUUGGCUACGCUUCUGGCUUGAUCUAUAUCUAUGGUUGUCGAUACCAAGCUAGACCUCUGAUAUGUAACCCCAACACAGGACGGUAUGCAAUCUUACCUAAUCGUUAUACUUAUAGAAAAGCGUAUAGCUUUUUCGGGUUUGACCCCAUUGACAAGCAAUACAAGGCCUUGUCCAUCCGUUAUCCAUCUGGUCCAGGACGUAACAAAAUUCUUACAUUUGGAGAUGGAGAUCUCACGUGGAGAAAGAUCAAAUUUCCCUUAGGACGACCUGAAAUUAAGAGUGAUGGGAUUUGCAUCAAUGGGGUUUUGUAUUUCUUAGGUGAGAUAGGUGAAGGAUCUUGUGAUUAUGUGAUAGUUUGCUUUGAUGUUAGGUCUGAGAAAUUCACGUGUAUUUAUGUAGGAAGGUUUUGUCGAUUGAUAAACUACAAGGGCAAAUUAGCUGUGAUUUAUUGGGAGGAUGAUGUCGACAUCUAUGAGAUCUGUGUUUAUGGGAAGGAUCUCGAUGAGUAUUUGGAGGAAAAUCUCGACGUUGAUGCCACUAACGAGUUGCAUUUGUGGGUUCUAGAGGAUGUUGAGAAAAAGAAAUGGUCUAAAUAUGCCUACACUUCUAAAUACACUUGGUCUAAAUAUGCCUACACUUGGACCGAUGAUACAUUCUUCCGUCGUCACCUUUCCAUCGCUGGAGCCACUGCUUCAGUUGAAAUAGUGUUUUCCAUGCGUAAGUAUACAUCUAAACAACCGUUUUAUGUUUUUUACUUCAAUCCCGAAAGGAACACUCUCCAACGUGUUGAAAUCCAAGGUUUUGGUGAAGCGUUUAAGGAAACUUGUAGCGUUCGCACCUUUGUAAACCACGUAGAGGAUCUUGAUGUUAACGAUUUAAAACAACUCAAGUCAGUCCAUCCUCCAUUGGUGGAGCCAGAAUAUUAUGAUCGAUUCGAAUCAGAAUCAGAAUCAGAAUUAGACUAAGAAGGGUCAAGGAGAUGAAGGUGAAAGCAAUGGGCAUGUCCUUUUGUGCUCUUUAUCUAUGCGGUUUUUUUUUUUCUCUCGGUUUUUCUCUCUCUUUUAACUAGCUUUAUACAUCUAUUCAACAGUUCUGUGUUUAAUCCGAGAAUAUUUGCUUUAAUUUUCAACAUUGUUUCUGCUGGAUGAGAUUUUUUGUCCUCUAUUCUUUGUCAACA